AUGGCCGAGCCUGCGCAGAAGAAGGCCCGCACCAGCCGCACUUUCCUCUUCUCUUCCGAGUCUGUCAACGAGGGCCAUCCUGACAAGAUCUGCGACCAGGUGUCCGAUGCAGUGCUGGAUGCAUGCCUCAAGGUGGACCCCAAGAGCAAGGUGGCUUGCGAGACUGCAACCAAGGACAACAUGGUCAUGGUGGCAGGUGAGAUCACCACUGAGGCCAAGUUGGACUAUGACAAGGUUGUGCGAGGAGUCGUGGCACAGAUCGGUUUUGACAGCUUUGUGGAUGACCUGUCCAGCGUGGACAGCAAGGGAUUGAGCCACAAGAGCUGCGAAGUGCUGGUGCGCAUCAACAAGCAGAGCCCUGACAUUGCCGGCGGCGUCCAUGUGAACAAGGAGGACUUGGACGUGGGUGCCGGUGACCAGGGCAUCAUGUUUGGAUAUGCCAGCGAUGAGACAUCUGACUGCAUGCCUUUGACCCACUCCAUGGCCACGCGUUUGGGCAAGACCCUGACUGAUGUUCGCAAGAGCGGUGAGUGCUGGUGGUUGCGCCCAGAUGGCAAGACCCAGGUGACCAUUGAGUACCUGCAGCACCCUGAUGGCUCCGUUGAGCCAAAGAAGAUCCACACCGUGGUGAUUUCCACUCAGCACGCUGAGCCUCUGAAGGCCGUGCGCAGCAAGGAGUGCGAGGGCUACAAGGGAGCUGAGAUGACUGCCCCAAGCAUGGAGCAGAUGAACAAGGAGAUUGAGGAGAAGGUGAUCAAGCGCACUCUUGAGCAGAUCAAGCUGAAGAAUGGCCAGCCUGCCAUCAGCCUGUACGGCAGCCACACUCACUUGCACAUCAAUCCUUCUGGCAAGUUCAUCAUUGGUGGUCCUCAGGGUGAUGCCGGUCUCACUGGCCGCAAGAUCAUCAUCGACACCUACGGUGGCUGGGGUGCUCAUGGUGGUGGUGCGUUCUCCGGCAAGGACCCUACCAAGGUGGACCGAUCCGCAGCCUACAUUUGCCGACAGAUGGCAAAGUCUGUGGUGAGCAGCGGCUUGAGUGCACGAUGCCUUGUGCAGCUCUCUUAUGCCAUUGGUGUUGCCAAGCCAUUGUCUCUCUUCGUGGAGACCUAUGGAAGUGAGAAGACCGGCCUCACCGUGAACGACAUCACCAGCAUCUUGAAGAUUGAGUUCGACUGCCGUCCUGGUGCCAUUGCGCAGUCCUUGGCAUUGCGCGAGCCAAAGUACCAGGAGACCGCAGCAUACUGCCACUUCGGCCGUGAGCCAGUCACCAAGAACGGCAUCAAGUACUUCGAGUGGGAGAACGCAAAGGACUUGGCCAAGUACAAGUCCAUGGACACCGCCCAGGUGGAAGCUGCCUUGAAGGUCCUGUUGCGGUUUUUCGCUGGCCUGGCUGCUGGUCUCGGCGAUGCCGAAGACUAUGUGAAGGUCGUAAAUGGCCGAUGUGUGGAGUUUGAAGACGUCUAUCCAAUUGGCCAAGUGGGACACAACUGGACCAGUGACCUGGACGAUCUGGCGCGGAACUGGUGCGAUCGCAGAAGCUGGUGCGUGGGCUUCAUGCGCUAUGUCGCUGAAGAUCAUGAUGAACACUGCAACGAAUGGUGUGGCCGCCCCCAGUUCUGCAAAGACAGCAGUCUGUCUCCAAGCGAUGAGUGGGUCUCCUACCUGCAGAAGUCAUCUCUGAGGCGUUGGCAAGAAGCCCAGGCUGAAAGCGAGCGUGACAAGGAUCUACCUAGUUGGGCAAAGCCUCGAUCGUUUAGAUGCUCAUAUCCCUAUGAUGAGGGUAGCUUUGUACAUCUCUGGGACGAAGUGCCACCUACGGAGUCCCAUGACAUCUUCGGAGGAUUUCAGGAGUGUCGUGUGCUUCACAUGAAGCAAGAUGGUCCCAAGGGUCCCAAGGACAUGGAUGGCGACUUGUCCUUCUUUGAUGGAGUGCUGUCAGAGACGGAAGAAAUGGUGCCAUACUUCUCAGCUGAUGUGUCGCAAUACCCAUGGAUCUAUCAUUUCGACCGCUUGGAAUAUAUUGGGGAGACGGUGAUUGGAGGUCACACCAUCAUCGGACCCAAGCGUCACUACCUAUCCAUGUUUUUCACAUCAGAAUGGGCUGCUUGUGAUGGUAAGAACAAGAGCCAGUGGAACUACGAGAACGCCAUGGAGAUGUUUGAAGGCCAUGUUUUCCUGGAAGAUGGUCGCCUUGAAACCCGACGGGCAGCUUUCCUGCCGUAUCAUUUCACUGCCAUUUGCAUGGCCGAUGAGGAUGAGCUGUUGCCACAAGCCGUUGUGGAUGCUGUUGGCUUCGGAACGCAUCCGUUGGUUCCUGCGGAGGUUCACAAGAAGCUGCAGAGGGUCUUCUUCCAUUUGCCGGAUGCCGUGCAGCCAUUCCUGCGAAUGCAUCCCUUGAUCCUGGAGACAUACCUGGAAGACAUGUACAACAACCCUGACAAGAAUGAUGCCAUGUACUACAAACAGACCUUUCUUUUCCUGAUGAUGGAGCUUUUCAGAUAUCGCUAUCGGCAAGAUCUCAAGAGCCGGGUCCAAGAUUUCGCAUGCGGCCUCUGUCGACAACAACGCCUGGCGGCAUGGGACAAAGAAACAGCUGAAGUGACAGGGUCCUCAGGGCUUUCCGUGUCCGUGGCCUUCUGUUUGAUGAGCCGACGAUCAGGACACGCACUUCGUGGUGCCAUUCGCGAAACCUGGGCAAAACGCCUAGGCCCUGGUACGAGUCUUCACUUUUUCGUGGGGGCUGCGGUGGCAGUUCAGGAGGUUGAUCAGGAGAUCCCGGAUUUGCACCUGCCAGACAUGGUGGAAUUAGAUGCUCCAGAGGCGUACGAGGCUGUUACCCUGAAGGCCAUGUCAAUGCUCCACUGGGCACAUCUCAACUUUCCUCACCUGCGAUACCUCGUCCGUGCGGACGACGACAUCUACCUGCGCCCAGGGCCAUUGUUGAGACAGCUGGAUCAACGACCGCCGGUAGGAUAUUUGUGGGGCAACUUUGACAGCGGUUCCACAGUGGUUCGAGAUCCCCGUCACCCUCACUACAACUCUGAAGAGCAGCUGCCAAAGAGGGAGCAUCCAAUGUUUGGCGACAUUUUUCCACCCUAUGUCCGUGGUCAUCUUUGGGCGAUGUCGGGAGAUCUCCUUGCGCAUGUUGCGGAUGUGUGGAAGAUGCAACUAGAGCAGCUGGAUGGUGCAAAGGUGACCUUGGACCUGGCGAAGCAAUUUCCGCAUCCUGAUGACCCAGCUCUUGGGGUCGUCAUGGCCAGCUUGGUCGAUUCAGGUGACGUCAGUGUGGCAGUGGAUGAUCGUGAUCUGAAUCACUUCGCCCUGAACCCCUCGUGCAAUGCCACUUUUAUGAAGAUCCACAACCGGACCUGGGUGGUGCACCACGUGACCCCCGAGGCCAUGAAGUGCUUUUGGUCCAUCGACGAAUCUGCGAGCGAUUUGUCGCUUCCUGAUUUGUGUCCAUGUUCGAUGGACGUUGUGGAGGAGAAAUCGGGCAACUCCGACGAUGACGAUUUCGAUUACCCACGUGAACGCUUCAAUGAAUGAGUCUGUUUCAGUGGCUCUGAUGACAGUCUGAGAAUCUCCUCACUGAAGAAA